AUGUCUUCAGACACCAGAGCCCUUCAGCUCCGCCAGCUUCACACCCCAGGGAAGCCCAUCGUCUUCACAAACGUCUACGACCCCGUAACAGCGAAGAUCGUAGCUUCCAACCCCUCAUCAGCAGCCCUCGCCACAGCCAGCUACGCGGUUGCCGCCGUCCACGGCCUAGACGAUGACGAUCUGGACCUCGACACCAACCUCGCUGCCGUAAAGCCCAUUGCCGAAAUCGCAAUCAAACACGGCAAGCCCUUGACCGUCGACUUGCAAGAUGGCUAUGGCUCCAAACUCGAAGCCGCCAUCGAGGCCAUCAUCGCCGCCGGCGCAUCCGGCUGUAACCUGGAAGAUCGAGACAACCAAACAGGCAAACUGUUCCCCCUGGACGUGGCCGUCGACCGGGUACGCCGCACCCUGGCUGCCGCCGCGAAAGCCGGCGUGCCGAAUUUUGUUCUCAAUGCCCGCACUGACGCCGUUGUAUCGAAUAACGAUCUCGAAGAUGCUAUUACUCGCGGCAGGGCCUACCUCGACGCCGGCGCAACCACGGCCUUUGUUUGGGGCGGGCCCGGCCGCGGCUUAAGUCGGGACGAAGUCGUCAGAUUGUCAAGCGCGUUUGGCGGCAGGCUGAAUGUCAUUGCGGCUGAAAAUGGGCUUACCAUCCAGGAGCUGGCCGAUAUUGGGGUCGCGAGGAUAAGUGUCGGCCCACGCCUCUUCCGAAAAGCAAUGGCGGCGUUUACAGACUCUGCAAAUGAGCUGUUGGGCCAGUACCAAGCCAUGAAGUCGCGCGCAGAAUAG